AAUUGUAGUUUCCUGUUAUGAAAUCUGAUAUUGCAAGAGAACAGACAGGCUUGUAAACAAAAAAAUCACAAGAUGAGAGUCAUGAGAUGUCAUACUUGAGGAAGAAUAGACGAACAUAGAGUAGGAAGUGUGGAUCCUAUUGCUUUCUCUGACUAGAAGACACGCUUGAACUGAUCCAUUGCAUAUGCAAAUAUUUGAUACACGACGAAAGAUUCCUCUGUUGUGAUAUUUACGAAGCCUAAAAGUACUUGACGUCGAUUCUUACGUAAUUGCAGAUUAAAGCAAAAUUAUAACACGUUUGAUUUCUUCUGCGGGAACGUUGCUUUUAAGCAAUAACUUCAAGAAGGUCUAAUUCGUCGACCGCGUAUGUAAAUUGCUGUCAAUAGUUGUACAAUACCUGUUGUGGAUCUUGAAAAAACAUUGGCUCAUCUACGCUUUCAGAAACUACGUAUUAUCUACUUCCUCUCCAUCUCAGACAAAACACAUCAAGUAUAUAACCUGCUCGCGUUAUAAUGUCAAUGAACGAGGAAUACGAUUAUCUGUUUAAGUUAUUAUUAAUAGGCGAUUCUGGAGUUGGGAAGUCGUGUAUUCUUCUUCGUUUUGCGGAUGACACUUUCUCAGAGUCGUACAUCAGUACAAUCGGGGUAGAUUUUAAGAUACGAACACUGACGAUCAACAACAAGUUAGUUAAAUGUCAAAUAUGGGAUAGUGCUGGUCAGGAAAGAUUUCGUACUCUAACGACGGCGUAUUAUCGAAGUGCUCAUGGAAUUAUCCUCGUUUACGAUGUCAACGACCGUGAAACAUUUUUUCAUAUCGAAAACUGGCUUCAGGAGGUGUCGCGUUAUGCUGCUAGUGAUGUGAAUAAAGUGCUAGUUGGCAAUAAAUGCGAUAUUUUAAACAAGAGAGAGGUCGAAUAUGAAACUGCUCGUGUUUACGCUGAGAAAUUAGGAAUAUCCUUCACCGAAGCGAGUGCUAAAGAUCGUACAAACAUUGAUAAGAUUUUUAAUAUUAUGGCCAGGGAACUUGUCGAGAUGUUGGGUGAGAAUAGAGCAGAGCUGCCGGUUGAAGAGGACAAGGUGGAGUUGAGCUCUGGAACGGAAGUCUCCAGCAACAAUGGUCGAUGUUGCGGAUUUGGAUAAAUUUUUAACUCACCCACAAUGCGAGGAUAAAUACAGAUAUUCUCGUACGAUUUUUGCCACGUAACUUGUUUACUUUAGUUUGAUUCAGCUUCGUUUAUAUAAUUGGGGUGUUAGGAAACGCCAAUUGUUACUUUCAGUUUGAUCUGUGACUGGUGACUAUGUGGAGUGUUUGAUGCUAGUUCAGUUGUUUGAUGUUUGAUUUAAGAUCAUUUGAGAAUUUUCACAGUGCAAAAUUAAGGCUUUGGACAAAUAUUACGUUUGCAAAUUUCUUCAACAGGCUUAACAAUGUUGACCUGUGCAAGCUACUAUGUCACCAAACAGUGUUCUGGCUGGGUCUAUAUAGUUUUAUCCUUCCUAAAUUGCUCAACAAAUAAUCUCUACGUAUUUUUUAUUAUUUGCAUUAUUAUAUACAAGAAAUCUAAUGUUUACAAAAUUAAUGUUAUUGGUAGUGAGGUAGUCCUUAGACGUAC